AUGCUCAAACGUUGCAAAAACACUCAUUUCAAAUCUCUAUUCUCCAAUUAUCACCAUUUACAAUCUGUAUUAUCAUCUUUUCAUUCCGAUCCUCCGAAAUCCAAUCUUUUUUUCCUCGCAUCAUCACUCGUUAUCCGUAAUAAUUCUCUUCCAACAACGACCAAAAGUAACUUCUCAACAACAACCACACUCUCAAUGGUUCAAUCAUCAAGCUCUCCAUCAUUGAAUUCAGAGAAGAACUUCUUUACGGAAACUGGCACACCAACCCUCUCAGUGCAAGAGAAGGAAGCAAAUCUGAAAAAAAUGUCUUCACCACAAGGCACCACAACCAUCACCACGGGAACACCUCUCCAGCAGAUCUUGCAUCCAACUCCAAGCGAUAUUGAAAUCUCUCAACACUGUAAACCAGAAUUCAUUGGUAAGAUUGCUGAGAAUUAUGGUAUUCAUGUGGAUGAAGAAUUGGAGUAUUAUGGCAAGUACAAGGCUAAAGUUAGAUGCCAAGAAGGAAUAAAUCCAACACCUCUCGGAGAAGGAAAAUCAACUACGUGCUUGGGUAUCUCACAGGCUUUGGGAGCUCAUCUGGGCAAGAAGGUCGUUUCUUGUUUGAGACAGCCUUCUCAGGGUCCCGUGUUUGGCAUAAAGGGAGGCGCUGCAGGUGGUGGUUAUUCACAAAUUGUCCCUAUGGAAGAAUUUAACUUGCACAUGACUGGAGAUAUACAUGCUAUUACUGCAGCCAAUAACUUGUUGGCAGCCGCUGUCGAUACUCGUGUAUUCCAUGAGUCAUACCAAAAGACUGAUCAAUUGUUUGAUCACUUGUGCCCUGCUGGCAAAGAUGGAAAGAGAAAGUUUGCUCCUUCCAUGAUCCAACGAUUGGAAAAGUUCGGAAUUGCUGAGAGAGAAGAUCCUGACAAGUUGACUCCAGAGGAAAGAGAAAAACUUGUUCGUCUCAACAUUGAUCCUGCCACCAUCAAAAUCAACAGAGUGAUGGACAUUAGCGACAGAUACUUGAGAAAGAUUACCGUUGGUCAAGGUCCAAACGAAAAAGGAAGAACAAGAGAAACACAAUUCGACAUUGCUGUGGCCAGCGAAUGUAUGGCAAUUUUGGCCUUAUCCAAGGACAUGAAAGAUAUGAGAAAACGUCUUGGAAAGAUUGUUGUUGCAUAUGACAAGGAUGGUAAUGUUGUCACUGCUGAAGAUAUUGGUGUUGCUGGAGCAAUGGCCGUCUUGAUGAAGGACACUAUUAAGCCAACUCUCAUGCAAACCAUUGAGGGUACUCCUGUCAUGGUACAUGCGGGUCCAUUUGCAAACAUUGCAGCUGGUCAAAAUUCAAUUAUUGCUGACGAAGUUGCUCUUAAACUCGUUGGAGAAGAAGGAUUUGUUUUAACUGAAGCUGGUUUCGGUGCUGACAUUGGUGCUGAGAAAUUCUUUGAUAUCAAAUGUAGAGUCUCUGGAUUGAAUCCAUCAUGUGCUGUCAUUGUUGCCAGUAUUCGUGCUCUCAAAUUCCAUGGAGGAUGUGAGUUGAAGGAUGUCACCAAGCCAAACGUUCAUGCCGUCGAAACUGGCUUUGCCAACUUGAGAAGACAUAUUGGCAACAUGAAGAAGUAUGGUGUUCCUGUGGUGGUUUGUAUUAACGAAUUCAGCAGUGAUACCCAAGAGGAAAUUGAGACAGUUGUGAGAUUGGCUAAGGAGGCAGGCGCAGACGAUUGUGUGCCUUCACGACACUUCUCUGAGGGUGGUAAGGGAGCAGUCGGUAUUUCUGAAGCCAUUGUUCGUGUUUGUAAGGACAAAUCCAAGAUGAACUUUAAACCACUCUAUGAUAUCAACAUUUCCAUUAAGGAAAAGAUUGAAACCAUUGCCAAGGAAAUUUAUGGAGCUGCCAAUGUUGAAUACAUGGAACAUGUUGAAAAGGAAAUUGAAAAAUUGGAAACACUUCCUGAAAAGUACACCAUUUGCUUUGCCAAGACCCAAUACAGCUUCUCACAUGACGAAAAGUUGAAGGGUGCACCAAGCGGUUUCACUUUACCAAUCAAGAACAUUCGGUUGUACAGUGGUGCUGGGCUUUUAGUGCCAUUCUGUGGUGAAAUUUCUGCCAUGCCUGGACUUCCUACUCGCCCAGCUUAUUAUGAUAUCGAUAUUGACGUCGAAACUGGAGAAGUCAAAGGAUUGUUCUAA